AUGUCCAUUGCCUCCACAGCAGGGCAAGUACAGUGCCUCCACAGCAGGGCAAGUACAGUGCCUCCACAGCAGGGCAAGUACAGUGCCUCCACAGCAGGGCAAGUACAGUGCCUCCACAGCAGGGCAAGUACAGUGCCUCCACAGCAGGGCAAGCACAGUGCCUCCACAGCAGGGCAAGCACAGUGCCUCCACAGCAGGGCAAGCACAGUGCCUCCACAGCAGGGCAAGCACAGUGCCUCCACGGCAGGGCAAGCACAGUGCCUCCACAACAGGGAAAGCACAGUGCAUCCACAGCAGGACAAGCAUAGUGCCUCCGCAGCAGGGCAAGCACAGUGCCUCCACAGCAGGGCAAGCACAGUGCCUCCACAGCAGGGCAAGCACAGUGCCUCCACAGCAGGGCAAGCACAGUGUCUCUACAGCAGGGGCAAGCACAGUGCCUCCACAACAGGGGAAAGCACAGUGCCUCCACAGCAAGGAAAGCACAGUGCCUCCACAACAGGGAAAGCACAGUGCCUCCACAGCAGGGCAAGCACAGUGCCUCCACAGCAGGGCAAGUACAGUGCCUCCACAGCAGGGCAAGCACAGUGCCUUCACAGCAGGGAAAGCACAGUGCCCCCACAACAAAAAAAAGCACAGUGCCUCCACAGCAGGGAAAGCACAGUGCUUCCACAGCAGGGAAAUCACAGUGCCUCCACAUCAGGGCAAGUACAGUGCCUCCAUAACAAAGAAAGCACAGUGCCUUCACAGCAGGGCAAGUGCAGUGCCUCCACAGCAGGGCAAGCACAGUGCCUUCACAGCAGGGAAAGCACAGUGCCCCCACAACAAAAAAGCACAGUGCCUCCACAGCAGGGAAAGCACAGUGCUUCCACAGCAGGGAAAUCACAGUGCCUCCACAGCAGGGAAAGCACAGUGCUUCCACAGCAGGGAAAUCACAGUGCCUCCACAUCAGGGCAAGUACAGUGCCUCCAUAACAAAGAAAGCACAGUGCCUCCACAACAAAGAAAGCACAGUGCCUCCACAGCAGGGAAAGCACAGUGCCUCCACAGCAGGGAAAGCACAGUGCCUCCACAGCAGGGAAAGCACAGUGCCUCCACAGCAGGAAAAGCACAGUGCCUCCACAACCGGGAAGGUACAGUGCCUGCACAGCAGAGAAAGCAUAGUGCCUCCACAGCAGGGAAAGCACAGUACCUCCACAGCAGGGAAGGCACAGUGCCUCUACAGCAGGGAAAGCAAAGUGCCUCCACAUCAGGGAAAGCACAGUGCCUCAACAACAGGGAAAGCACAGUGCCUCCACAACAGGGAAAGCACAGUGCCUCCACAGCAGGGAAAGCACAGUGCCUCCACAGCAGGGAAGCACAGUGCCUCAACAACAGGGAAAGCACAGUGCCUCCACAACAGGGAAAGCCCAGUGCCUCCACAGCAGGGAAAGCACAGUGCCUCCACAGAAGGGAAAUCACAGUGCCUCCUCAGCAGGGAAAGGACAGUGCCUCCACAACAGGGAAAGCACAGUGCCUCCACAGCAGGGAAAGCACAGUGCCUCCACAGCAGGGAAAGCACACUGCCUCCACAGCAGGGAAUGCACGGUGUCUCCACAGCAUGGAAAGCACUGUGCCUCCACAGCAGGGAAAGCACCGUGCCUCCACAGCAGGGCAAGCACAGUGCCCCUACAGCAGGGCAAGCACAGUGCCUCUAGAGCAGGGAAAGCACAGUGCCUCCACAGCAGGGAAAGCACAGUGUCUCCACAGCAGGGAAAGCUCAGUGCCUCCACAGCAGGGAAAGCACAGUGCCUCCACAGCAGAGAAAGCACAGUGCCUCCACAGCAGGGAAAGCACAGUGCCUCCACAGCAGGGAAAGCACAGUGCCUCCACAGCAGGGAAAGCACAGUGCCUCCACAGCAGGGAAAGCACAGUGCCUCCACAGCAGGGAAAGCACACUGCCUCCACAGCAGGGAAACACGGUGCCUCCACAGCAGGGAAAGCACAGUGGCUCCUCAGCAGGGAAAGCACAGUGCCUCCAUAG